GGCCCUAUAAAGGGAGCACGGCGAGGCGCGCGCUCCACUGCGCAGAGGGUGCUCCGUGGGCCGUGCCGUACGCCUGCGCAGUGCGGGCCGCUCCCCGCCCCCUGCCCCGCCGCUCCUCAGCCGGCAGGCCCGGCCCAGUUUCGGCUCCUCGCCCUCGCCCGGCUCUCAGCCGCCGCUCUGCCCUGCAGCAGCCAGCCCGGCCUCCGGCAGCAUGUUCAGCUGGGUCAGCAAGGAUGCCCGCCGCAAGAAGGAGCCGGAGCUCUUCCAGACGGUGGCCGAGGGGUUGCGGCAACUAUACGCGCAGAAGCUCUUGCCCCUGGAGGAGCACUACCGCUUCCACGAGUUCCACUCGCCCGCGCUGGAGGACGCUGACUUCGACAACAAGCCUAUGGUGCUCCUCGUGGGCCAGUACAGCACAGGCAAGACUACCUUCAUCCGGCACCUGAUCGAGCAGGACUUCCCCGGGAUGCGCAUCGGGCCCGAGCCCACCACCGACUCCUUUAUCGCGGUCAUGCAUGGCCCCACCGAGGGCGUGGUGCCGGGCAACGCGCUCGUCGUCGACCCGCGGCGCCCUUUCCGCAAGCUCAACGCCUUCGGCAACGCCUUCCUCAACAGGUUCAUGUGCGCCCAGCUGCCCAACCCAGUCUUGGACAGCAUAAGCAUCAUCGACACUCCCGGGAUCCUGUCUGGAGAGAAACAGCGCAUCAGCAGAGGUUACGACUUUGCGGCCGUUCUCGAGUGGUUCGCUGAGCGGGUGGACCGCAUCAUCCUGCUCUUUGAUGCCCACAAGCUGGACAUCUCCGAUGAGUUCUCGGAAGUCAUCAAGGCGCUCAAGAACCACGAGGACAAGAUCCGCGUGGUGCUGAACAAGGCGGACCAGAUCGAGACCCAGCAGCUAAUGCGGGUCUACGGGGCCCUCAUGUGGUCCCUGGGGAAGAUCAUCAACACCCCCGAGGUGGUCAGGGUGUACAUCGGCUCCUUCUGGUCCCACCCGCUCCUCAUCCCCGACAACCGCAAGCUCUUCGAGGCCGAGGAGCAGGACCUCUUCAAAGACAUCCAGUCUCUGCCCCGCAACGCCGCCCUCAGGAAGCUCAAUGACCUGAUCAAGCGGGCGCGGCUGGCCAAGGUCCACGCCUACAUCAUCAGCUCCCUCAAGAAGGAGAUGCCCAAUGUCUUCGGUAAGGAGAGCAAAAAGAAAGAGCUGGUGAACAACCUGGGCGAGGUCUACCAGAAGGUUGAGCGGGAGCAUCAGAUCUCCCCCGGCGACUUCCCCAGCCUCCGCAAGAUGCAGGAGCUCCUGCAGACCCAGGACUUCAGCAAGUUCCAGACCCUGAAGCCCAAGCUGCUGGACACGGUGGACGACAUGCUGGCCAACGACAUCGCCCGGCUGAUGGUGAUUGUACGCCAGGAGGAGUCCCUGAUGCCUGCCCAGGUCGUGAAGGGCGGUGCUUUCGACGGCACCAUGAACGGGCCCUUCGGGCACGGCUACGGCGAGGGGGCCGGCGAGGGCAUCGACGACGUCGAGUGGGUGGUGGGCAAGGACAAGCCCACCUACGACGAGAUCUUCUACACACUGUCGCCCGUCAAUGGCAAGAUCACAGGCGCCAACGCCAAGAAGGAGAUGGUGAAGUCCAAGCUUCCCAACACGGUGCUGGGGAAGAUCUGGAAGCUGGCCGACGUGGAUCGGGACGGGCUGCUGGACGACGAGGAGUUCGCCCUGGCCAACCACCUCAUCAAAGUCAAGCUAGAGGGCCACGAGCUGCCCGCCGACCUGCCUCCGCACCUGAUCCCGCCCUCCAAGCGGAGGCACGAGUGAGCGACCCCUACUCCCAGCGGCCGGCCAGGCAGAGGCUGCAGGGGAGGGGGGUGGUCAGCAGUUCCCAAGACCACAAAGAUGGCGAUGUUUCCUCAGCUCGCAAAGGAAAACCACCACCUUUAUCUUAAGGCUGCUCCUGGGGAGGCAGGGGUGAUACUCGUAGGUCAACGGUGGAAUUUUGUGCAUAAGAACCAUGGAUAUUUUUAAUAUAUAACGUUAGAGGCAGCGUUGUUUCUUGCCUCCUCCUCCGGCCAGCAGCCCCACACACGCACAGCCUCUGUACCUCCUGCCGGGGAAGUCGCCUGGCUCGCGCGUCCUGCAGCUGCGGCCCGCGUGUAGACAGGGACGCGGCUGUUUCAGGCUGAGUCGCUCGGCCAGUGGCUUCCUUCUCCACCCGGCCCUGCCCCCGCCUCUGCUCCCAGAUUCAGUUGGUUCUUCUUGUGCCUUCCUCCUUCCGUUCGCAGCGGCCCCCUGUCCACAGGCCCUGCCUUCGCUCUCGUGUCCCCUGGCUCGACAGUCACACGAGCCAGGCCCAGCUGCCUGUUUGCGGGGAGUCCGGGGGACGGGUGGGUGUGAGAGAACAUCUUCCAGAGAAAUACAUAAGCUAGUUUUUGUUCUCUAAAGUGACACCUUUCAUACUUGACUGAAUUUUCCAGUAAGUUCCCAGCCACUUGUUCAGAAGCUGUGAUUUUUGUCUCCUUCCCCACGCUCCAGCCAGGGGACAGCUCCACUCAGGAGCCAUUAGAUGUGGGGUGCGUGCAGAGCACACCCUGCCGGAGACCCCAGAGGCGGUGUUUCCUGCUUCACCCUCUCACUUUCCUAGGACAUUCUGGUACACCCCUCUGUCCCACCCUUGGUGGGCGGUGGGUCCUCACGAACCUGGUGUGGCUUGGUGCUCCAGCCCGGGCCUGGUGGCCAGACAGAGGGACCAGGGACAGCCCAGCCCCUUCCCUCUCCCACCUGACUUCCUCCCGUUGAGCAAAGGAGGGCGGUGCUCCACGUGGAUGUCCUAAGUAUAGUGGCCCCCAGGCUGAGCAGCUCGAAACCCGAGCCAGCCAGCGGCCACUCUGCUUUGCCUCCACUGGGCUGUUGGGGGCCUGGACAUACCUGUCGGCCAGUGGUCAGCCACCAGGGCCUGGAGCCGUCAUCACAGAGCCACUGUGGCGGGGAGGGGGGUGGGGAGCAGGCUUCCCAGCAGGCACGCCCUCGGGGGUCUCAGGGACUCCUCCACUCUGACCUCUGACCCCGGCCCACCCUCCUAGUGCUGCUUGCUAGGCCUCUGCUGGGCCCGAGUCUCCAGGAACUGGCCAUGUUACCUGCAGCCUCGGCCCACCAUCCCACACCGUGUCCUCGAUGGGAAUUCACUGUUUACGGUGCAGUGGCUUAACCACACUUGCCUGUGGGAAGGAAAAGCAAACUGAAGACCGGACUUUUUUUUCUUGCAUUAAAAAAAGUUUAACUGUG